AUGUAAGUAAAUUACGAAGCUAUCAUUGACGAGGCUAAAAACAAAAUGAUGAAGUGGCAGGAAAUAAAUGAACAGAACAUGUGGGAAUUAUUUUCGAACAAAGAAGGAUACAUUGUAUAUACCAAGAAGAAUCCAGAAAAUGGUAUCAAUAUGAAUAGAUCUCAAACGGAAAUUGCCAGAACCCCCGAGUAGAUUCUAGAUUUGGUUGCUGAUGUCAAUAAACGACCAUUAUAUGAUGAAAAGGUGGAAACUGCUCAUGUGGUUGAAUAAAUAGAUGCCAACACCAGAGUUAUUUAUGUGAGAAUCAAACCACCCAUCCCAUUCAUGAGUAGCAGAGAUCUAGUUAUGGUUUAGAAGGUUUAUAAACAAAAUGACGGAGUUUAUAUUGUAUGCUCUAAGUCAAUUAUUCAUCAAAAGACUCCUGCAAUUAAUAAAGUCGAAAGAGCUGAAAUGCAUCUCAGUGGCUGGAUCAUCAUUCCAUAAUAAAAUCAAAUGACUAAGAUUGUGACUCUCUAAUGUUUUGAUCCAAGAGGAGACGUACCCACUUCAGUCACCAAUCAAUAUGCCAAACUCUAAACAGACAUGAUGAAGGCUGCAGUCAAGUACAUUGCACUUAAUUAUAAAUGAUUCACAAUAUUAACAUAAUUAAAUCAAUUCAUACAAUUAUUCUA